AACCUCCCCGAGCCUAAUAUAAAUACCCCCGCCUCCCCCCUCACCGUUCGCCCUAAAAAGAUCCGAACCCGAGGGAGGAUUCAGAUAUUUUCGUUCCGAACGAGAGAACAAAAUGAGUACCGUGGCCAUAUCAUCUGGAGCAGCUAGGAGGUCGACACUGAACCCUAAUGCCCCGCUCUUCAUCCCGGCGGCAUUUCAGCAGGUAGAGGAUUUCUCGCCAGAGUGGUGGGAGCUUGUGAAGAACACCACGUGGUUCCGCGACCACUGGUUCCGCCAGCAUCAGGGGGAAGAGAAUUUCGAUGGCGGCGAUCAUGACGACGAGGGUGAUGACUAUGAUGUCACGAACCUGUUGCCGGAAUCGUUCGAUCUCGAACUAUCGGCUCUCGAGUCAGAGUUUGAUGCAUUCGAAGCCGAGCAAGAAGCAUUUGAUGCUGCUUUUAGUGAGGAGAAGCUAAAGGCUGGACAUGGAGGUGACGCAAAUAAUGUUAUGAGGACCCUCAACUUGAUGUCUCCGAAGAACGGAGGCGGGGUUAGGGCUUCGCACGAUUCCGCCAAGCACCGCGAUAAGCCGUCGCAGUACGUGAGCCCGAAGAACAGCCCACGCCGCAUCAUCCAGCAGCCUCGCUGAGCGGCUUUCACCUGAGGUCUCACGGUAAAUGCCGAUCUCCCAUGUUAGUAUGUUAACUUCAACUGUAGUUUCCCUUUUGUAUAGAACUUAAGGAGAAGUUAAAAAAAAAAAAAAAAAAAAAAGCUGGAGGAGCUCUAGUGUUGUUUAACUUGUUCGGUAAUGUCGCACGAAGUGAACUUAUCCUCUACUGGUCAGUUGAAAACUAAAAGAAAGAACGAAAAUGUUGUAAGAAAAAUACUGUAAUUUAGUUGUAUGAAACGCGAAUAGUGUAAUAUUGCAUGUCUUUUAGUUCGGAUGCAGUUCCCUUUGAUGCUUA